CAAGUUGAUAAAGUUUUGGAUGCGAAAAUUAGCCAAUAAAUUGAAUUAUAAAACUUAAAAGUUGUUAUCGUAAAUUCAUAAGUUCCUAUAUCAUACGAACUAUGGUGCAUCGCAAUGGAUCCGUAUGAAAUUGAGUUCAUUGGUGAAAAUCGUAUAGUGAGCGUUAUACCAAACUUUAGUUACGACAAACUUUACCUAAUUUGUGGCGAAUAUGGGCCCUUCCGAGCUGGAUUGCCACUAAACGUGCCAUUAUGGUUGGGGGUUAUGCUGAAACAGAAACAGAAGUGCCGUAUUGUGCCCCCAGAAUGGAUGGACAUAGAGGUUUUGGAAGAGAUCAAAGAAGAGGAGAAGAAAUCUAGGUUCUUUACAAAAAUGCCUAAUGAGCAUUACAUGGUGGAAGCGAAGCUGAUAUUAGGAGCAGCGGCAGAAGACAUACCAUCAGCUGCAGAGAUCAAAACGAUUAUUAAAGACAUUUGGGACAUCCGCAUGUCUAAAUUACGGACUUCAAUGGAUGCCAUGAUGAAAUCCGGAGGCUCAUAUGGUAGAUUGGAUCAUCUGACCAUGCUAGAAAUUAACUCUGUCAAACCAUUGCUACCAUCUGCAAUGGACGAGCUGCAUAAAAUCAAAAUGAUAACGAAGAAGCAGGUGGCAAGCAGUUUAAACACAUCCACUAUAGUACAAUCAUCGAGUUCACAAAAUGUAUGAAACAUUUGAGUUAUUAUGUAUGGAAUAAGACCUAACUGAAAGCCUACUGGUAAGGUGUUAUUACUUAUGAGGUUUUAAUACUCUCCAUGACUGAUUUACACUAAUUUUGAUUCAUAAAGAUAACAAGUGUUCUGAUGAUCUUUUAAUCCUGUUUUUUCAUAUUUGGUACUUAUCUCCUUUGCUUGUCAAAUCAAAGAUUUUUAUUUUCAUUCAUAUAUUAUAUGUAUAGUCAACCAACAUGUUAAAAACUAUGUUUUUUUCGUAGUACUGUGCAACAGUACUACGAAAAUAACACACUAGUAACAAAAGUGUAAAAUGCAUGUUAGUGCUAACUAAUAAAGAAUAUCUACGUACAGAUUAGGCAUCUAGUGUAACUCUAAUAAUAGUCUGUCAAUUAGUUUGUUGACAAACUAAUAGUAAAUUAAAUUUUGUAAUUUAUUAAAGCAAGGUGUUGCCUGUGGUAGUUUAGCCAUUGUAUAAUUAUUUUUAAUUGUAAAAGACCAAGCUAUCAUACUGCACAGGGUUUAUAAAAGUAAGGCAUCUAGAUUUGUAACAUUACUUUUAUCUAUUCCUAAUAAGUGCAAUGUAUAUUAUUAUAAUUUAUAAGCUAUACAAGGUGUAA